AUGAACGUCAACGACCUGAACAACAGUGGGCCCUCGUCCACGGACCAGACCGCGUCCAUGUCCGCUGCCGCCGCGUACGCUGCCGCCCAGGGCGACGCCGCUGCGGCGAAGCAGAUUGCGUCGGGUCAGUGGAGCACCAAAAGGAUGCAGGAGGAGUUCGACCAUGCCAAGUCAGGGCUCGUCCACAGGGACUUUAAGCCCAACCCGAUAGCCGACUAUCCUGAUCCUCUAAAGCCACGGCACGGGUUCAAGAAUCCGUAUGCGGGCAAAUAUCCUCAGGAUGCCGAGAAGCAUUUGAAGGAGUUCCUGGAUAAGGUUGAUGCACAGGCGUAA